AUGACCACCAUUAAGAAUAAAGACAAAGGACAGAACUUCCACAGUCUGUACAUCCGUCAACACAAAGACGUCAGUAUUCUGUAUUCUGCCAUCGUGGGGUUUACUAAGCUGGCCACCUGUUCUCCAGAGGAGCUGGUGAGAGUCCUCAACAAACUCUUCAGCAGGUUGGAUGACAUUGCCAAGAAGAAUGAGUGUUUGUGUAUCAAGAUCCUGUGUGACUGUUACUACUGUGUGUCCGGUCUGCCAAACACCAUCCCCACCCAUGCUCGGAACUGUGUUCAGAUGGGGCUUUAUAUUAAACUACGGGAGGCUACAGGUGUGGAGAUCAGUAUGAGAGUGGGCGUGCACUCCGGCAACAUUCUCUGUGGCUUAAUUGGUCUACAGAAGUGGCAGUACGAUGUCUGUUCACAUGAUGUGACCCUGGCCAAUCAUAUGGAGUCUGGGGGCAUGCCAGGGCGUGUCCACAUCACAGAGGAGAAACUGGGUCACUUAGCUGGGGCAUACCAAGUGGACACUGACGGGGGGAGCUGGGACUUUCUGCUAAAGGGGAGGAAAACCUACCUGGUGGUCGACCCACAUAAGGAAGUGACGACCUCUAAGAAGAAGGAAGAGGGCUCUGAUGUGUCCUACAGCCAUGUGCGCAGCAUGGUAGAGUUUGCCAUCGCUCUGAAGAAGAACCUGGAGUCCAUCAACCAACACUCCUUCAACAGCUUCAAACUACGAAUUGUUGAGUCUGUCUGGCUGGCUGGCCAGUGGGACAAGGAAAUAUGA